AAAUUUUCCCCACUCAUUCGCUGAGCUGGGAGCACGCGAGUUUUCAUUCAGUAACCAAAUGCAAAAAUUCAUCUACUUCGUACUCGUUGUGCUAAUAACCUGUAUUCACGCCGGUUCGAACAAUUUUUCCAUUUGCGAAUCAACAUUUCCAUUGAAUAAGAAACAGGACAAAAUGUUGGAGAAAAUAGAUUUCGUCAAAAUGCACGGUCUCGGAAACGACUUCGUUAUAGUAAAAUCGGAAAACUUGCUAUCCAGUCAGCGUAAUUUGAAACAAGUAGCGAUGGAAAUAUCCAAUCGUCGUACAGGUAUUGGAUGCGACCAGUUCGUCGUCUAUGAAAAAAUUCGCACCAGUUAUUACAACAUGACUUUAUACAACAUCGACGGAUCAUUUGUAAAAAUAUGCGGUAAUGCUGCCAGAUGUCUGGCUAAAUUAAUAUCCGACGAAACGGGCGAAAAAGAAUUCACCAUUAAAUCGACUAUCAAAGAUUUAAAAUGUCGAAUAAACGAACACACCGUUACCGUGAAUAUGGGCAAGGUGAGUUUUCAAGAGCCUUGGAUGCCAUCGAUGGAGAAAAUCCGCUCAGUUAUUGAACCUUUCGCCGAAGAUUUGUCUAAUCUCAUCUGCGUCGAUGUGGCCAACCCUCAUUUAGUGAUUUUUGGAAUUUUCACCGAAAGUAAUAAAUUACUAGUGGGCAAAAAAUUGCAAAACUUGGAGUAUUUUGAAGAUGGAGUCAAUGUCAGCUUUGUUACCAUAAAAGAUAAUAAAAUCCACGUGUUUAUAUGGGAAAGAGGUGCUGGACCGACUUUGGCAUGUGGAAGUGCAGCUUGCGCCAGUUUUGCAUCUAGUUUGAAGUUCGGUUUGGUUGAAUCACCCAGCGAAGUGAUUUUUACACUGGGCAAUAUUUCCAUGAGCGAACAAAAUGGCGAUUUGUUGAUGACUGGAGAGACUACUUUUGUAGCUGAAGGAAAAUAUUAUCAUUAUUUUUAAGUUGUGAGAUACCUAUGUACAAGAAUAAAAAUCAAAAUUUUCAAAAUAAAUACCUACCUACAUUGUA